GGGGCGGGCGAGCGCGGCGGAAGCCAGAGAUCGCGGGAGGGCCGGUGGUUGGCUCCGGGCGGGAGCCCGGGCGGCAGCGACAGCGAUCGCGGCGAGCCAGGCACAGGCGGCGGCGGCGGCGGCAGCGGCAGCGGCGGCGGGGGCCCGUGUCCGUGCGCUCCGGCGGCCAACGGGCGCGGGCCGGCGCGAUGGAGCCGCAGCACGUGCGCCCGGCGCUCGGAGCCCGCAGCCCGGCCUGGGAGGAACCGGAACCAGAGAGGAUGGCUGGGGCGGGCAGCCAGCACCACCCUCCGGGAGUCGCGGCAGGAGCGGCCGCUGGAGCCGGCGCGGUUUCCCCCACCGCUGCGGGACCGGGAGAGGAUUCGUCCGACAGUGAAGCGGAGCAGGAGGGACCCCAGAAGCUGAUCCGCAAAGUGUCCACCUCUGGGCAGAUCCGGACCAAGACCAGCAUUAAAGAGGGACAGCUGCUGAAGCAAACCAGCUCCUUCCAAAGGUGGAAAAAGAGAUACUUCAAACUUCGAGGCCGGACACUUUAUUACGCAAAAGACUCAAAGUCCUUGAUAUUUGAUGAAGUUGACCUCUCAGAUGCCAGCGUCGCUGAAGCAAGUACCAAAAAUGUCAACAACAGCUUUACGAUAAUCACUCCAUUCAGAAGGCUGAUGCUAUGUGCUGAGAACAGGAAGGAGAUGGAAGAUUGGAUCAGCUCUCUGAAGUCAGUACAGAGCAGAGAACCCUAUGAGGUGGCUCAGUUUAAUGUGGAACAUUUCUCAGGGAUGCAUAACUGGUAUGCCUGCUCCCAUGCCCGGCCUACCUUCUGUAACGUGUGCAGAGAGAGCCUCUCCGGAGUUACCUCCCAUGGCCUGUCCUGCGAAGUGUGUAAGUUCAAGGCUCACAAAAGAUGUGCGGUGAGGGCAACUAAUAACUGCAAAUGGACCACGCUGGCCUCCAUCGGGAAGGAUAUCAUUGAGGACGAGGAUGGUGUCGCCAUGCCUCACCAAUGGCUUGAAGGCAACUUGCCGGUGAGUGCCAAGUGUGCGGUCUGCGACAAGACGUGUGGCAGUGUUCUCCGCCUGCAAGAUUGGAAAUGCCUCUGGUGUAAGACAAUGGUACACACCGCCUGCAAAGAUUUGUACCAUCCCGUCUGUCCACUCGGCCAGUGUAAAGUAUCUAUCAUACCUCCGAUUGCACUAAAUAGCACAGAUUCUGAUGGUUUCUGUAGAGCAACGUUUUCAUUCUGCGUCAGCCCUCUCUUGGUGUUCGUCAAUUCUAAGAGUGGAGAUAACCAGGGAGUCAAGUUCCUCCGUCGCUUUAAGCAGUUGCUCAACCCGGCUCAGGUGUUUGAUCUAAUGAACGGAGGGCCACACUUAGGCUUAAGGUUAUUUCAGAAGUUUGACAACUUCCGGAUUCUUGUCUGUGGCGGAGAUGGAAGUGUAGGCUGGGUCUUGUCAGAGAUCGAUAAACUGAACUUGAAUAAACAGUGCCAGCUUGGGGUAUUGCCUUUGGGUACAGGCAAUGACCUUGCUCGAGUUCUUGGCUGGGGAGGUUCAUAUGACGAUGACACCCAACUCCCUCAGAUCCUAGAGAAGCUGGAACGAGCCAGCACCAAGAUGCUGGACAGGUGGAGUAUAAUGACAUAUGAACUCAAAUUGCCAGCAAAGACGUCUCUACUUCCUGAACCCACAGAAGCGUCCGAAGGAUUUUAUAUGACAAUUUAUGAAGACUCUGUUGCAAAUCACCUCACGAAAAUCCUCAAUUCCGAUGAACAUGCGGUGGUCAUAUCGUCUGCCAAGAUACUCUGUGAAACCGUGAGGGACUUCGUUGCCAAAGUGGAGAAGGCACAGGAGAAAACACUGGAAAAUACAGUAGUAGCUGAAGCCGUGGCCAGUAAAUGCUCAGUCCUCAAUGAGAAGCUCGAACAGCUGCUACAAGCCCUGCAUGCAGACGCUCAGGCCAGUCGAGCUCCCCCAGGGGUUGGCCCUCCAAUUCCCGAAGAAGAUGUUGUGGAGUCGUCCAGUGAAGAGUCCUUGGGUGAAAGCAAGGACCAGCUCGUGAAUGACAUUGCAAAACCCUCCUCCCAGAAAGCCACGAAGCCCAGGGAGAUAAUGCUGCGGGCCAACAGUCUAAAGAAAGCGGUGAGGCAAGUCAUUGAAGAGGCUGGAAAAGUUAUAGAUGAACAGACAGUUCAGUCCUGUGAAUCGAUUAGUCAGCCUUGUGACUAUGAUAACCCAGAAACAGAUGAAUCUAAGGAUGAUGAUACGAAAGAUUCGUCAGCAGCCAAAUCCACAUCUCAGUCUCCUGAUGCCCAGGCAAGUCAUGGUAAUUUCCAAACUGAUUCUGUCACUGGUUCAGCUAUGGCCACCACCAAAGAAAAUCUCCCUGUGCUCAACACCAGAAUUAUCUGCCCAGGUUUAAGAGCAGGACUUGCCGCCUCAAUCGCCGGGAGUUCUAUCAUCAACAAAAUGUUGCUGGCAAACAUCGACCCUUUUGGUGCAACUCCGUUUAUUGACCCAGAUCCUGAUUCACUAGAUGGAUACUCAGAAAAAUGUGUCAUGAACAAUUACUUUGGGAUUGGAUUAGAUGCAAAAAUUUCAUUAGAAUUUAAUAAUAAGAGAGAAGAACACCCUGAAAAAUGCAGAAGCCGAACUAAAAACUUGAUGUGGUAUGGAGUCCUUGGGACCCGGGAGUUAUUACAGAGAUCAUACAAGAAUCUGGAACAAAGGGUUCAGCUUGAGUGUGAUGGGCAGUAUAUUCCUCUACCCAGUUUACAAGGCAUAGCGGUAUUGAAUAUCCCUAGCUACGCCGGAGGCACCAACUUCUGGGGCGGAACCAAAGAGGAUGAUAUAUUUGCCGCACCGUCAUUUGAUGACAAGAUUCUGGAAGUUGUUGCCGUGUUUGACAGUGUGCAGAUGGCGGUCUCAAGGGUCAUCAAACUUCAGCAUCACCGCAUAGCACAGUGCCGUACGGUCAAGAUCACUAUAUUUGGUGAUGAGGGAGUCCCGGUGCAGGUGGAUGGUGAAGCGUGGGUUCAGCCUCCAGGGAUCAUCAAAAUUGUGCACAAAAACAGAGCUCAGAUGCUAACCAGAGACAGAGCCUUUGAAAGCACUCUCAAGUCUUGGGAAGACAAGCAGAAGUGUGACUCCAGUAAGCCAGUUCUCCGAACCAACCUGUACAUCCAUCCCGCCGUGGACCUGGCCACAGAAGAGUUGUCGCAGAUGCGCCUCUGCUCCCAGGCUGCAGAGGAACUCAUUACGAGGAUUUGUGAUGCAGCCACGAUUCACUGUCUCCUGGAGCAGGAACUGGCGCAUGCAGUCAAUGCAUGCUCACACGCCCUCAACAAAGCCAACCCACGCUUCCCGGAGAGUCUUACGCGAGAUACCGCCACCGAAAUAGCCAUCAAUGUCAAGGCGCUCUAUAAUGAAACCGAGUCUUUGCUGGUUGGCAGGGUUCCUUUGCAGUUGGAGUCUCCCCACGAAGAGCGGGUAUCCAGUGCCCUACACUCUGUGGAGGUGGAGCUGCAGAAGUUAACGGAGAUCCCCUGGCUUUAUUAUAUCCUCCGCUCCAAUGAGGACGAGGAGCCUCCUAUGGACUGCACCAAAAGAAACAGCAGAAGCACAGUCUUUCGUAUCGUGCCCAAGUUUAAAAAGGAAAAGGCUCAGAAACCGAAAUCAAGUUCACAGCCCGUUCAGAAUUGGGGCACAGAGGAAGUUGCUGCUUGGCUGGAUCUGCUCAAUUUGGGAGAGUACAAAGAAAUCUUCAUCCGUCAUGACAUCAGAGGGGCGGAACUUUUGCAUCUGGAAAGACGAGAUCUUAAGGACCUGGGGAUACCGAAAGUGGGUCAUAUGAAGCGAAUUCUCCAGGGAAUUAAAGAACUUGAAAGGAACCCUCCCAACUUGGACUGAGGUGUGGUCGCACUGGUGCUAUUUCCUGGAAGAGGAGUUCUCGGGACUCAAUACAGCCUUCUUGGAAGCCGCUGGCUGUUCUUGUGAUUUUCUGGUAGAUAAGCACCACCGAAGCACCUCUCUGGAUUGAUGUUUUGCUGUGGGUGAAAGUUUUGAUUUAAGGUAUUACAAAAAUAAUUUUUGUGCCAAAAAAAAAAAAAACCCAAACAAACAAACACCCAACUUAACCCAUUCCACAAAGCCAUUUUCUUGUUGGGCAAACCUGACAUGCUAGGAAGUGCUUGCAGCAGUGAAAAGAGGAAGAAGGACUGGAGACAGUUGCCUUGUCUAAAAGGUGGACUUUGCUUGCUCGUCAUCCAUUCUCCAUAGAGCCGGCUGACGGGAAGCUCUCUCGUGCACCUGCAGCUGUGUUGACGGUAUGCAGUUGAAACUUCUCAGGCUUCCUUAGUGAAGGCAUUGGCUCCUUCCUAGAAACCUCUGGGUAGGAGAUGAAGAUAGGAGUUGUGUUUUGAGUCUUUUCACCCUAAGUUCCCAGUAUCCACUGGUCAAAGAAUGUGGUGAGACCAACCCAUCACAUACUAUGAAUGAUGCAAAUUUAAUGCACGAUGUUCCUGCCUGAGUUGUCCUUCUUUUUCUUGCAUGUCAUAUAUAUUAUUGUAGUACUUCAAUAGCUUUAAUGUCUGUUAUAAUGAAAUUUAAUUUAUUACCACCCAGCUACCCAAGCACUUUUUGUUGGUUAAGGGCACUUUUCUUCAGUGUGAACUUUUAAGUAAAUAUUCCAUACUGAGACUCUGUGAACAUUCAUCUGUGCCAUGAUCAGCAAAUGAUAUAUAUCUUAUGCAAACCAAAUUUAUUUGCCUAUCCCAAACCAUGGGUAUAUGCAUUAAGAGACUUGUUGGGCAAUUUUCAUAAGCUUUACAUGUUCUGUUGCCUAACAGAACUUAUUGCAACUUUCCAAACUCAAAUCCUCACAUUUUGUUCCCAUUUUUUUUUCAUUUCAAUUUAAUAACCAUUUUGAGUUUCUGCUUGAAUUUGUAAAACUGUGGACAUCUAGGAAUUGUCCAAAGUCUCAGCUAAGAUUUGUACCCUGAAUUAUCUGCACCAGCUGAAGCAAUUAUUGACAUGAAUUCCCCAAUGGAAGAAAUUUAGUUUUGCUUCUUAAGGGCUUUUUGUAUUAUUAUAUCACACACAUUUUGAUAGUCUACCAGGUAGAAAUUAUUUUCCUUUUUUUAAACCAUUGUAUGUCAGUGUUGCUCAAUAGAAUUACCAAGUUUGAAAGCCAAAGGUAUAUAUGUCAAAAAAGUAAAACUAUCUUUAUAAGUGUUUUCUGGUCAUCAUAUGACAAAAAUCAAUUGGAAUAUUUGGAAGUUCUAUGAGAUAUGAGAAGCAAGCAGGUUGUUGAUCCAGCAGAUACAGUUUUGAUAGUAAUCUGCUAGGUGCCCAGUAGAUACGCGCGCGCACGCGCACGCGCGCGCACACACACACACACACACACACACACACACACACUUACAUGCCCAUAUACCUUUACCUAUAUAAAUGCACUUACUCACAUGUUGUCUUGAGAUACAGUAUCCCUGAUACUUUCUAGACAAUCAUUUGCCCAAUGUUUGACAUUUUAUUUCUAACUUGGGUAUUUACUAGUAAAAAAUAUCACAAAAUCUAGAUACCUUUAAAAUAAAUGAGGACCUGGCCACAGCAGGGCAAAAACAAAAAAUUCUACAGACAAUCUUGAUGAGUUCCUGACCAUAUAAAUAUGUCUGACUAUAUGUUUUUUACCUAAGUUGUGCGCAAUGGAAGUUUUCCAAAGAUAAUUCAUAUCGAGGCUUUUGAGCUGACGAUCAGCCAAUCCCUUAGUGAUUUUGAUGUUCUGCACACCUGUGAAGUAGAAGGUCUCUUUUGUAUACCGCCUGGUGAGUGCCCUGCCAACACUUCCUGUGAAACCAGAUUAUCAGAGGCCACAUUCCCAGAAGUCUCCCUAGAUCAUUGUUCAGGAGAAAGGGCUGGGGGUGGGGAGGGACUCCAGCAUAAAGACCACUCCAGGUCUGUGUUAAUAUAGAAACCAUUACUGGGUUUUCACCUGCCCCCAAAUACAUCUCUAUCAACACACAUUAAAAAAAAAAAAAAAAAAAAAAAAAAAGUUCUAAUGGCUACUUCCCUAGGGGUGGGCAGUGAUUGGCUUUUCCUUUGUUUGGUAAUCUUUCCAGUUCCUGCUAACACCUUUUAUGUGUUCUGUAAAAUCCCAACUCAUGAAAACUUUCAUUAAGUAGAAUGGCUUUGGGAAGACGGACAUCCUUCAAGAUGACAGUUUGAAUGAGCGGUUUUGUCCAGUGUGAACGUUUUUCUCUGUAAUCCAUGUCCGCAUGAAUCAGGGCUGGAUGCCAGUGAGUUCAGCUUACCAGCAGUGUGCUCUCAGAGACUCCAUCGGUCUCUGCGAGUGUCAGAAAGAAACCAUCUCAUCCUAGGUAGGGUUUCAAAAACAAGACAGUGGGGAAUGUCUCUCACUAAGAUUCAGUCAUAUCUGGGAUGCAGAGGAUGUGUCUUUGAUCCUUGCUUAAGUGGAAAGAGACGCUUACCUGUGCACCUGCCUGUAGCUUGCUCUUCUCUCCGCCAAAUUAUUUCAUGUUCAUUUGUCCUCCCCACCCCCAAAGGAAAGGAAGAGAGUUAAGUUUAAGUAAAACCCCAAAUUCUCUGCCCAAAUUCUCACUGCCUUCUGCUCCCCUUUCUCCAUUACCCCAUGAAACCUUUCACCUCCCUGAUUUUUAUUUUGAUGUCACAGGUCAUUUAGCAAAAUGUUGAGGACAAUUAAAUACAUUUUCAGUUUGCUAGAUAAUUGAAACAUUAGGCCAUUUGGAGACAUAUUGCUGUGGUGGAGGAGAGAUGUUCUGUGGAUGUUCAGAUCUGUGCUCUCCAGUAUUUCAGCCACUGGGCACCCGUGGCUAUUACAUUUAAGUUUAUUCUUACCAGAAACUUCAUUUGUCAGUUGCAUUACCCACAUUUUGAGUGCCCUGGAACCACAGAUGUAGAACAUUUUCACCAUUGCAAAAAUACUCCAUUUGACAGCAGUAGACUGGGUCACUGCUACUGAAAAUGUGGUCCAUGGGCAGUCAGCAUUACUGUUAUUUGGGAGCUUACAAAAAUUGCAGAAUCCUGGAGCUGACAAGAUGGUUCAGGGGGUCUGGCAACAAGUUUAACACCAGAUGCCACAUAAAAGUGGCUAGGGGGAGCUCUUAUAGACUUGUCCUCUGGCCUCAAUAUGCCCACCAUGGCAUGCUCACCCACAUAUUAUCAUGCAUAUACACACAAUAAUAAAUAAAUGCAAUUUUUGAUUGGAGAACCUCAGGUCCACUCCAGGUCUGCUGAAUUCAAAUCUUCCUUUCAGUCAUAUCCCUCAGGCCUCUCUCCAGCCCUUAGAGACUUGAAGCUACCACUGAGCCAUUCACAUUUGCUCAGUUUGUUAUUCAGGUGAUACACUCAGUUGCUCAUGACUUCAUUCACACUGAACAUUCCAGAAGAAUAUGUACUGAGAUGAAGAUUAGGCAGUCUCCUUCAACUUGUACAUUUUCAUUUUCUUGUAUCAGUAGAUUAUCCUGUUGCCACAGUUCAUGCUUGAAGGCUCAUAGCAGCCCACACACAUUAAAUGACUCAUUAGGUGUACAAAAAAAAAGAUGAAGAAUCCAAAUGAUUUCAAGAAAAGUAAAUGUCCUUUAAACAUAAAAAUAUGCCUGAAAGCAGGCAUAUUUUGCUAGGUUUGGAUCUCUUUGUCUUAUGCUAACUUAUCUUGAUUUUCACAUGAUUCAUAAUCUGUUAAAAAUAGUUCCUGAAAAACAAUAUGUUCUUGGCCUCCAAACUCAAAUUGUUCAGUUCUAUAAUGAGAUCUUUUUCCAGUGAUUUAUUGCCAGGAAUUUGACCCUUAAUUUUUAUAUUUUCAUAUAAAUUACCCAAACAUAACUUCCUAGCUACUGUGAUAUACAAGAAUCUUACUGUUUUUGACUCCAUGGGUUGUUUUGACAUGAAUUGACAAGCUAUGAACUGAGAAAUUAAAGGUGAUCGAUCCCUCUGUGCAUCACUUCUAGAGCAAAUCAUUUACAGCUCCAGCUGAGCCAGUGAACUUUCAUUUUCCAAGGUUGAAUUCCUGGGGGAAUGUCUAUUUUAACUCAGCUGUAAAAUCACUUCCUUUUCAACUCUGACAUCUAGAGUCUCUCUUUCUCAGCUCCCCCACCUCAAUGGACACAUUCUCUGUAGGUGGAAGUUGAUUUUUCAAACACCAAACUCUCCCCAGUUCAGGUGAGGAAAAAGGAAUUAGAAAUGAAACUUCCUCAAAGGGGACUGCUGCUUCGUGGGAUAGCCUUUGCCAGUGGCUUCCCCAACUCGGCUGCCUGGCUUCCCUGUCACUGCCCCACCCCAAGCGUAGUGAGCCCUCGCUCUAGUUUGUUUCUGCUGUGGUGUUCUCAGUGGACUUUUGUGUUACAAUCUCCUCAUAUUGGUAACGAUGCCUUAGUAAUAGGAUUCCUUCACAAAGAUGCAAGUAGAACUUUAGAGAGUGAUAAUUAUUGUUUUCCUAUAAUAAGCAAAGCAUUAUUUUUCUUUAUUGUUAUUUUCCAAGGUUUUGUUUAGAGAUGUUUAUGUUAGAAGAAAAUAUAUAAAGGUUUGUCGAUACAGGGAACGGAGAGCUAAAGACAGCUGGACUGUACCUGCCUUUCUCUGUAGUUGUCUGUUAUUUUCAGGUAGCGCCAUUAGACAGAGUAGCCGAGACUGUAUUAACUCAAUAACAAUGCUUAAGAUAGGCUCCACAUUAUAUAUUAUAGAUGAACAACUCACGUCCUUUUAUGUAAUUUAAUAUAUUGUAUUUACAUUAUUUAAUAUACUCAUUUUUUGCACUUCCAAGUUUUAGCUGGGAAAUAAAAACCAAGCCACAGCUUUAAACUUAUUUAAAAAUCCACAUAAAAAUAUUUCCUUCUAGCUACAAGUUACAAAUUGUGUAAGACUUUGUGAAGAGUCUGGGUAUUUCUUACUAUCUAGAUUUCAAGAGUAAAUUAACCAACAGAACACAGGGUUACUUAUAAAGUGCAUUAAAAUAAAGACAUUUCAUACUCAACUGAUGCUAUCAAAGUAGGUGAAUGCAGUUAAAUAUAUAAGCAAACAAGGAAGGAGAAUGUGUUUUAUGACCCUUAAUAGUUGAUUGUACUGUUGUUCCACACAGCUUAGCCGUUCCUACUUCUACAUUCUGAGUACUAAAGACGUGCAGCCAAAGGCUGCCUACAGUGCUGAUAGGAGCCAGCUAGUGGUGUGAAAGGUUUGGGUAUCACAGCACACCCAGUUUUGUGAGGUAUAUAUUGUAUACUGAAGAUGACUAACACAUUGGAAUAAUAUAUUUAUCUAGAGCUGGUAAAUAUGAAAAUUAUUUUCAAGCCUUCAAGUAAAUUGCAUUGACUUUUCUCUUUCAGUGGGAUAAAGGUCACUUGUAUGUUUCAAUCUAUUUGUACCACAACCGUCUCCUUUACUGGUAUUAUUGAUUUUCAUAUUACAACUUUUUCUUACCUUUUUAUACCAAAAGAAUUAUCAUGCUGGUUAUUCAACCUUGCCAAGAUGUAUUUGAGUUUGCAAGACUUUUGGCAGAUAAAAUAUUUAAUAACAAACAGAUAUAAAAGCUUUGUAUAUUUUGUGGCUUUAGGGGUAAGCAUUGCACCUUUGAAUUCCUCUCUGUGGGACAGUGCUGACGUCAGCGCCGUCCCUUAAAGGCAGUAUUCCCUAGAACCGGUUGUAUAAAUCAGUGCCCUUAUUUAUUACGUUGUGAAAUGUACUCUUUAUACAGAAUCCGUAUCUGAGCUCCUUCCGUUUUUACUGCUGUUGCCUGGAGUGUAAUAGCUCUGUUAAUGGUUGACUUAUAUACUUGAAAUGCUCAUUUCUGCCAAACAGAUGCCCAGUGUUUUCCUUCUUUAAAAAACAAAACAAACAAACCAAAAAAAAAAACCCAAAAAACCUUAUUUUCUUUCCUGUCUUAGGUAACUGAAGAGUCACAGGAACUUUUCUACAAAAUGGUUUUUAUAUCUAAAAAGGCACAAAGCAGAAAGAAAGCACUAAAAUGAAUAAUAUAGUCAAGAGAUCUGUUAAGCUAUAUUUUGCCCAAUACAUGUCAUGUCUUCAUUCUGUAAGUCGUUUCUUGUAGUGAAUUUUUAGUUUUUGUGGUGGGGACAUGUCUGUGAUUGCACUGGCCAAUUCCAAUAAGCAUUGAAUCUUGAAUCCUCCCAAAGACCUCACACCUCUAAUGUCUACUACCCUUUGGUUCCAAAGUCUGUGCUUGAAAUCUGUUUCCCUGUGAUUUCGGGCUAUACUGCAAAUGGUAUCCAUGGAUACUGUUUGCUUAUUUCUGUCAAAUAACGAGAAAAUUUAACUAAGUUUUUCAUGAUUCCCAUUUGGAUAUAUUCUUGACUCAACUAUUCAAAAACCCAAACAUUCCAAAUGCAUUUGCACAACAUACCAUGCAGAAUAAAAUCACUUGUUUUCAGGGAAGGAAACAAGGAUUUCUGUUUUCAAUAAUCGCACUGAAAGUUGUAAAUCAAAGAAAACACUUUAAUCCCUAAAUACAACUGUUUUCUAUUUAUGAUGUGAACAGCAGGUAAAUUGUAAGUUAUUUAAACCUAUUAGGAAAUUAAGAAUUAGUUUGCUUUUAAUGACAGAGCUUUGUAUUAUACUGUUGUAGAUGCAUUUAUUGAGGAUAGAAAAAAUGAGAAUAUGUUAGAAGCAUAGAUAAUUCAGGAACUUAUGGCAGUUUGACAAGGCCUAGGAACAAAGAGUUUGAACACAUUUUUCACGCUGUAUUGUAGGGCAGAGCACACAUGAAAUGUGUGACAUGUGGGCAGUGAACCUCAGAAAGUGCCCUAUUGGUCAUGUCUGAAAUCCUUCCUAGAAGUUAGCUAAUUAACUCUCCAGGGAGCCCAUUUUACUGCAGAAAUUUAUAGGUUAGUUAGGAGGCACUUGGGGUGACCUAAUCUCCAUGACAUUUGGAACAGCUCCUGCAAAUGUUUAUUUCACAGGGUAGAGAUGUCUGUGCUUUCUCAACUCAGCAAUAGAUGCAGUGGUAACCAGUCACAGGGGUUUAGAUGGUUCCUGUAAAGGACAAGAUAAAGGUGACUCAGUCCAUACCAUAAAGACCAAAGAAAUUUUCCUGAAUUUGCUGAGCCUUGAAAUGUGUUAGCUGUGAUACCUUUUCCUUAAUACUUUUUAUUUAUAGUAUUUAUGUAGAACUGACCUCUUGGAUCCUGAAGAGGGUCAUUCUGUUCCACCUUGUCAAUGGCUCGUGGUCUUUGGUACAACUAAUAUAUUUUGAUGCCUUGGGUUCCCAGUUCAAAGAGUUGCCCCACACUGCCAGUUACAAGUAAUUAAUCAUUUUUCUGCUAUAAGAAAGGACAGAUAUCAGCAUGAGUCCUACGUUGAUUUACCAUUUCUUUCUCAGUGUCAUUUUAGUUAUAAAGAAAGGCAUCCCAGUUAUCACAUGAAAAAAAAAAACAAAAAACCAACCCUAGUAACCCUUGACAUUCCAUUUAGACGUGGACAUGAAGGGCAGGUGGCUCAGUGGUAGAGAGCUUGUUCUGCAAGUUUGCAGCCCUGAUUCAAUUCCAACAUUGCAAGAGUAGAAACAAACAAACAACCACCCCCCCCCCAAAAAAAAAAGUGAGGUUGAAUGAGUAACAUCUGCCCGGAAUAGGUCAUGGGUCUUUUAAUCUAUAUAGCAUUCAUUUCAGCUAGAAACUCACUCCUGAAAUCUUCAAACAUUUAGGGUAGUUUCAGGUUUUCUAUGUUCAUGUUAAGUGUCUAUUUUAUGGAGAUAAACAGAGUUUUCAGCAAGGCUUUCGCCGACUUCCUUAGGGUAGUUACCCCAAGAAGAGACCUCAUGAAAGCUCUAGCUUAGAAGUGAAGCAACGGGAUUCUUUGCCAGCUUUCCCUGUGAUAAGACCCUCUUGACAUUUCAACAUCUUCCAAAAUGGCAUCUUUGAUCUAGAUAGAGCACAGCCGCCUCCCUACCAUUCUCUGACUUGGAAUAGUAUUCCAUUGUGCAGUGUACCUCCAAAAACAUCCCACAGAGGAACAGAAGCAGAUGUCCUAAUCAUUGCCACAGUGGAAAUCCAAGAGAAAUCCAUUAGAAAUCACUGCAGUUAAAGCAAAGUGUGAGCUUAUUUUCAUAGGACAUUUUGAUCUAAUGACUAGCUGAUUUUUCCUUUGAUUUUAGCCGGUUGGUGAAGAAGCCAUACUGGCUGGUUUCUGCUCUGGAAAGUUCUUUGUCCAAUAUGGCAGUUUAUUAACAGCAUAGCUUGGUGCCUCAGAGCUCCUGUGGCCUCCCUUCCCCCAAAACUGGGAUUCUGGAAACAUGAACACUAUAUGACAUAAGGAAAAAGACUAACUUGGAAUUCAUCUGCAUGCUUUUUCUUUGAGUUUAUUUGUAUUUUGAGAUAUGGUCUUAACACAUGGUCCUCUCACAGGCUGGCCUCAAACUCACUAUGUAGCUCAAGAUACCCUCCAGCCUGUAACUCUUUACCCCAGCCUCCUUUCUCUAUCACAAUAAUGACUUACAUUAACUUUCAUGAUGGCUGAUCUCUAAAUGGUUAUUGUAGAAAGAUUUGGUACAUUCACGGAGGGAGAGUCUUUUGCUGGGAAUUUGUUUCCCCCCAGAGACCUGCCCUGGAGUUGACCCCACUACAGCUGAUAUUCAGCAUAACUUCAGCACGUGUCCUGUUACAGAUGUCAGGUGAGAGGCCCCAGUGUUUGAAUGUGCAAAUGGGGCAGGUCUUGGGACCCACAGUUCUUUUGUUCCCUCCACUUUUACUUGAAAAGCCUUCAGAAAGAUGACGCUGUGUUGAUGACAACAUUAUGCAAAUUGUGUUUUUCUGACAAGAAAUUUAAAAUGAAAUAUGGAACAAAACAAGUGCUUCAUCCUAAUGGAGGUUUUGAUUAUGCAAGUAAAUUAUUUUAUAAGUUUUUGGUAUUUAUUGCAGCCAUAUAUACAUAUAUAUAUAUACCAUCCCAGAAAUUCAAAUGGCAUCUUGAGUUCUGUCUCCCUAGUUGCACUAAAGUAAUAAUUCCACUGCCUUGUCUCUGUCUUCACUAUUUUUCUUUCCUGUUCUUUUGCUAAUUCUUCAGCAACCCAAUUUCCUGCUUGCAUUCUCUCUUCCCAGAGUACAGAGACACACAUAGUUUUGUCUUCUCUUUGCUGAAAGUCCUUGAGUAGGCUUUCCUGUCCCUUAGCAGCAUGGACUCUGGACUUCUCCUCAAGCAUGGCUUAUUGAGCAUGCUGCAUGGGGUCAAAGGGCUGAUCGGUGACUUCAGAGCUGGCUGCCCUGCCACCCCGCAGGCAUCCUCCACCCUUCGUUAACCUUUCUUAGCCCAGGAAUGUAGAAGAGCUCCAGUGUGGGGGUUCAGUCCCUUGGCAUAGUGGCAUGCCACAGGUCCAAGGAACUGGGCAAAGUCAGUGUUCUGUGAAGCACUGUUGGAUAGCCUCCAACUUUUGUAAUGCUUUGCCUCAGCCUUCCUAUAGCAUGUUUUUAUUAGUUGUUUUUGUUAAUCCACCUCAAUGACAGCUUAAUUUUUCGGGCCAGUAUUUCCUCCAUGCUUCAUGUAUAGUCAAAGUUUUUCUAUUAAUAUCAUACUCAGUUACACAUACCCAGACAGACACACCUCUCCCGCUGAAUUUCUCUAUUCUUUUUGUAGUCCCAGAGUCUAGCUAGUACAUAAUAGGACUUUGACUAAUGUUUUUGAAUUAUAUUUUUAUACUGUCACAAAUAAAAGCUCAGAACACCUUGAAAGUCUUGUGUUUGCAAAGACACAUGCCCUCUGAGCAGACAAACAGAACAUCAACAGGCAAAAGCGAUUGUUUUUUUUUUUUAUUAAGGAUCAUCAUUUGUUAAUCAUGUGUCUUUACAUCAGAAGUAUUUACCAGAUCUGAAUUCUUGUUUCCGGAAGUGAGACAUAAAUUUCCACGUCGCUGCCAGAGUCUUGCUUGUAUUCAUACACUUGCCCUACAGAUUGUCUUUCUGUUCUAUGCACUCAAUACUUAGAAUCUUCACAGACAAAUAUAUAUAUUGAUGAUGAGACUUGGAAAGGAAUAAAAAAACAAUAAUAAAAGUGAAAAUUUUAAAGCGAUGUUCACUCAAGAAGGCAGAGGUGAAGUUUGUAUGAUUUCAAGCCACUUACUAUUAAUGAUUAUUGUAUUACAAGUAGAGGAAGAUCUGUGGCUGCCAUUGCCCUUCUAAGGCAUAGAGAGUGAAAACCUUGCUGUUACCUCUGGGCCCGUUUUCCUUUGUGAUUCUCUGAAGCUGUUCUGCCAUGCCCCCAGAUAAUGAUAAAAGUUAGCACAGCGCUCUUCAAGUUAAAUUUCUCAAACGAACACUAGUCAGUGCAUAUAAUAAAAGUGCUGUGCUCUCUUCUAGGCACUUGGUAAACUUUUCCUACCUGCUAUAACCUUGGCACUCACUUAGAUGCUGAAGAUGGAAAAAUAAGACAGGAUUCCUGUCUGGUAGAGUUUAAAUUUGUUCUCAAUUUGCUCUUCCUACAGUCUGUAUUAAGAAAUGAGGAGGAAUUUAAAAAAAAAAGUUUUUUCCUCAGGUUAUUUCAGUCGAGUCUAAUUCCUCCCCACCAUCUUCCAAAACUAACCAAAUCUGAGUCAUCAUGAAGCAAUCCCAUUUUUAUUUCUACAGCUGUUAAAUGUUCAUGUCGGCCAUAGUCCGGGCCAUGACUGAUCAAGUGUGUGCUUCGUUAACCCUGCACUACACUACUUCUGCCACUAGAGGAGCUGUGCUGGACUCCAGUGUCCCCUUUAUAGAAAAGGGUGAAUCUCAGGUUUAUUUUGGGAAGGCAGAAAUUCAUGACAUUCAUAGCAAAAUGCAUGAGGGGCAACAUUAUAAACCCCCAGGGGAGGAUGGAGGUCACACUGUCAUGUUUCCCUGGAGAUGGAAAAGCUCUGUUUGAAGCUGCAGGUUGGUGUUAGCACCUUAGCUAUGGAGAGCAGAAAGUAAUGGCAUUUAACAGGUAGCACAUGUAUCUUGGCAUACAGUAAUACACUAGUAUUUGUACACCACAAGGUUCUGAUAUGUAGAUGAGACACAGCAAACGUUUGAGUUAUGAUAUUGACUUCUAAAUACUUAUUGAUGGGUAGGCUAUAGGUUUCCUUUAUGAGAAUGAAUAAACUGUCUUUAUCUUUACUGUCAAUAAGGUUUCGAGGGGAGGGCUUUGUUGGUUUGUAUUUUCACAUUUAGAUAAGCAUAUAUUGAAAUCACUGUUUCCCAUCAUAUAAAAUACCAACCAUUUCUGUGUCCCUUAGCAAAAGAAAGGUCUCCACUUGAUAACUUUAGGCUUAGUUCAACUUUGUAAAAGGUCUAAAAAGGAACUGGACAAGGAAGGCUGGGCACUGUAACCUUCUGCCCCGCGCGUUCAUUUCACUUUCAAUAAAGAUAAUCAGAACUUACUUCCCUCCUGUUACCAUCAUGGUAGAAACCUAACAGUGUAGUUCCUUCUCCUCUGUAUAUUAAAAAAGAUAGUUUUAAUUUAGUCUUGCCAUAUUUAUAGCUAAGAAUUUACUACAUUUUGGUAGUCCGUUUUGAAACUAAAUCCUUAUAUCUGAAAGAUGCAGAUAAAGUCUGCCUAUUUAUUACACAAUGGGCUCUGUUUGCUACAGAAAAGAGUGAAACUUUUACCUGCUUAGCACACUUGCCAUUGAAAUAUACCUGACAGAGCAGAGGUUAUAACUUUGGCUCUACUUACUUUUAAUAAUGAUAAGACGUGAGUUUUGUUUGUUUACAUGCUGUUUACAAUGGCAUAAUUUUUAAAAUCUAUAUGACAAUUGAGAUAUUUAUUGCAUACUAUUUUAAAGAUGUUUGAAUGUGUUUUCACCUUUGGAAUAUAUUGUUACAUUUCCUUGUACAGAUAAUUUGGGUGGCUUUGUUAACGUAGCUAAUAAUUUUUAUGACUACUAAGUGACCAGUUUCGGUGCCUUCGAUUGUGGGGUGCAUGACUAUGUAUUUAUUGUAAGGAAGUCACUGAUGUGUGUAUUUUUGUACUUUGCUGAGAGUAAUGGUUGGUGUACAUGAUGAGAGACGUCUUUCCCAAAGGGCACUGCCUUCAGAGCAACCUUCUCAAAUAAAAAAAGACUGUGUUUGAA